AUGGAGUCGUCGUCGUCGUCGUCCAUUCGAAUCCGAAGGUUCGAAGAGCUUCCAACGGCCAGAGAGUUCGACUCUCUGAUAGAGCCUGCAAACGUUCCCGCUGUUUUUCGCGGGUGCACCAAAAGUUGGAAGGCAUUCUCACACUGGAAUCCAUCCAACGGUGGCCUCGACUACUUGCAGGAACGUGUGGGCUCUUGCACGGUGGAGGCUAUGAUAUCUCAAUCUGCACCUGUUUUUUAUGGGGAUCUUGGAAGCCAUCAGAGGGUUCCCCUUCCAUUUUCUAACUUCCUUGAUUUUUGCAAGAAGCGGAUGCAGAUGCAAAGUAAGCACCACCGACCGGGCCUUGACCAUUGUCCUGCGUCACAAACUCAUGAUGAUACGCAACAUGUUGGUUUGGCCUUGGAAGAUGCUCCCGAACAAAUUUAUUUAGCACAGGUGCCAAUAAUGAAUAGUGAUCGUCAGGAAAAUGUUCAGUUAGAAACCCUAAAGGAAGACAUUCAGAUGCCUUCAAUUUUGGUGUCAAAAGAAUUAUCUUCUAUAAAUUUGUGGAUGAACAAUGCUCAAGCCAGAUCAAGUACUCACUAUGAUCCACAUCACAAUUUUCUUUGCAUAGUUUCUGGCUGCAAACAAGAAAAUCCUGACUACUCAAUUUAUCCAAGGGCAGAAUGCUCAAUGGAGUUUGCACAAAAGGCUGUUCUUCAGGCAGGCGAUGCACUUUUCAUUCCUGAAGGCUGGUUCCAUCAGGUAGAUAGUGAUGAUUUGACCAUUGCAAUUAACUUUUGGUGGAGAUCUAACAUGAUGUCUUUCAUGUUGGAACACAUGGAUGCUUAUUAUUUACGCAUAAUAUUGAGAAGAUUGGUUGACAAAGAAAUGGACCAACUACUGCUUAAAUUGGGGAUGGGAGCUAGGAUGUCUGCAUGCGAGUUGCCUAAUAAUGGACAAUCAGAUCAUGCUGAUGAAAAUUAUGGUAAGUAUUUGAAAGGGGUAGAUUUAAAAGAAAAAAGACUUAAAGAGAGAAACACUUUGCAAGAAUUGGAACCUGCUGCAGUUCAGGUGCUUCAUGAACUUGUGUCUUUGGUUCACAACAGUGUUAAUGCCAACCAAGAUGCGCAAUCACUGUCAACUUCUAUAAAUGGCUAUGAGCUUGUAGGGAAUGAUGAAUCUGAGAAAAUACUGAAUGCUGACUUGAAAGAUGAUCCAGUUGCUAAAUUUCUCUGGGACAUCAAUCCACAAACUCUCCAAGAUGUCUUUCUUGCUAUGGCGCACAACUUCCCAAGAACUUUAGAGGCUCUUGUUCUUCAUGUGCUUUCGCCCGUUGGGGCUGAAGUCCUUACUCGGAAAUUUGAUGAGAUGGAUCAACAUACUCUUCAGGAUGAUCGGAAUGGAUUCUAUGAGGUUUUCUAUCGUGCAUUUGAUGACCAAUCGGCAGCAAUGAAUUCAAUUCUAAAAGGGAAGGAGUUGUUCACUCAACUGACUGAAGCUGUUCGUCUGGCUGCAAUAAAUGUGGGCUGCCCCAUCUUCCCCAAAGUUGCUAAAUCGUAG